AAUCUUAGCAAUUAAUCUGUUUUGAAACAAUCCAUUGCACGUAAAAUCGCUUAUUACAGCGCGUCCCCAGAUGCACUAGUUCCGUGACCUUUGCACACCGCCAUGGCCGGAAGGCACGCGACAAUACUUACUAGACAUACACAGCAUGAAUUAGCUAUAGAUUUUGCGUACGUAUAUGAGCAUAUUCAACACAUUUUGUUUGUUUUUGAACUAAACCUGUAGCCGUUCACCAUGCUGCGCUUAUUCCUGGCCGUCCUCUUUAUUUCCGGCGUUACCGAGUUCAGUGCUUCCGCGAACCCCGUAAACAACACCUGCAUCGAGCCCAAUCCGCCAGAACGACGCAUCAAAUACUAUAUCAAUGAAUGGGAACCCUGCAGCGGUCGGGGUACGUGCGUCGAUGGACAGUGUACAUCGUGCCGAACGUGGACGACUACAAGCUUUGGCAAAACCAUAACCCUUGUAACUUCCGGUAAAUACUGCGAAUGUGACAACAUGAGCUGUCCCACUUUCAACGGCAAAGUGUGUGCCGGACACGGACGCUGUGACUGUGGUCAGUGUGUUUGCGAUGAAGGUUACACGUUUGCCGAAUGCUCGGAAGAAAAAUCCGUUGUGCAGGAAUUGAUAAAGAUGCUUACCAACGACAACAAAAACCAAAAUAAAACAAGUACCUAGAAUGAAAAUAUAUCAUUUCACCCCCUAACCGUAGUUUAAACACUGGUAAGAAAAUUAUAAGUCUGAGCUAUUUGACACUGUUCUAUAAACCAGCUGAUUAUUAUGAAUGUUCUGAUCUUUAUUUUGUGUUCAUUUCUGGUGAUUAAUAAUUGUAAUGCUACAAAUGACCAAUAUAAACGAAAAAAAAAUCA